GUAGCCGCUCUUGCAAAGAGUCAGCAGCGAAGUCGCGUCCGCGAGGAAGUAGCACCUGCACCGCACCUGGCGGCGGCUGUUCAUCGAGGGAGAUCGCCUCGGCGCCCGCCGGAAAAUCGCCUCUCGAUCCGUCCGUGUCGGCGGAGGAAGGAGAUCACGGAGGGUGGAGGAGAAGGUCAGUUCCUCCCUUUUGUCCCCUGUAAAUCUGUCUCGCGGAUCGAUCUCGCGGCGCCGCGGCGGCCAUGGAGCCGGAUCUGGACAUGGCGGCCCUGAGAAAGAAGCUAGAGGAUGAGGUGCUCAGCACCUGGCUCUGGGACAGGGAGCUGGACUCCAUCCUGCAGGAACAGCAAGAGCGAGACGACGAAGGCGAUUACGAGUACUACGAAUCAGACCAAGAAGAAGAGGAGCUCCACUAUGGUGGUUCUUGGGGAUACGGGUAUACUUUCUACUACGAGGAUGGGAACCCUUAUUACGUCGCCGACAUGGAGGAGAGGUGGGAGAAUCAGAUGCGGUUUCCGCCGACCAUGCCCUGCGCCAAGAGAUCAAGGGGGAUCUGGGAGGGGUCUCUUCAGGUCGAGGGCCCGUGUCAGCUCGAUCCAACACUGUUAUCUGCUCAAAGCUUGCUGCCUCCAUUGCCAAGAUGGGAAAACCGUUGGGUCGACAAAAGGGAGAAUGAACCUUGUCGACGGGCAAUCCAAGUGUUUAGUUUGAAUUUAUCGUCUCCUCACGAUGCCGCCUUAGAGGUCUACGGCAUGUUUGCAUUCCGAGAUGUACGAAACAACCAACUACGCUAUGUCUUUGAAUACUCUAGAGACAAACCAUGUAAGCUUAAGCCGGGUUCUUGUAAGCUUCAACCUCUACUUAAUCCACUUCAAGGCAUCUACGCGGUUGGGCUUGUGCUAAUUGAAUAUCGUUUGCUAAUUAAAGACGAAGAAGGUGAAGAUGAUAAGGUGUUAAUAGACGGAUAUUCGGUCUAUGCUCCAUCUUUCUAUGCAGAAUAUGGAAGGCACCAUUGGCACAUUAACACUGGCCACCACGGCAGCGUCGAUCUAAGAAUGGCUUCUAUCCCAAAGGCCGUGUUGGCUAUGUUGGAGUUUGAGGUGCAUCAUCUUGGGGACAAUUUGUUUGAUUCACUUACAAUAACUGCGGUCUACCGUACCAUGCAAGGGGGUGCUUUUUCAGUCUUCAAUGGCAAGUUGAGUGUUUGCAGGCUGCCACCGGUCACGGUUUGUGUGGAUUACACCGAGAAUUUGACUAUAGACUUAUACACGCACAACUGUUACUCAGGUGAUGAUAAUUGCUAUCCUGAUGGCGUUGUUGGUGAUUCGAAAAUUCCCGGAUAUUUUCACUACGACAUUGAGGAUAUUAUAUUUGACACUGUGUGGUUUGAACCACAGAAGAGUGGAAGCUCUACGAAAAUUUCAAGUAAUAUGUACGGUCUUGUAAUGUCAGUGAAGGCCACAUGGUCUAGCUUGUGUGAACCAUGUCAGUAAGAUUUAUAUGUCCCAAGGUUUGUACAAUAUACUUUUAUAUAUAGAAGCGUUUUCUUA